AGAUAAUAUUGAAGGAGUCGUCGUAGUAUUUAACGCUCAAAGCCUUAAACCUAUCGGAUGAGUGAUAUACACAGUCUAGGUCUCCCUCUUAUCAGUAUAAAUACAUAACCAUUGACCAACGUUUUCUCCCGUUCAAAGAGCAACAAUGAUAUACGAGUACACCUAUAUACGCAUAUAUACAUAGAAAUCGGACUCUUCGCUGUACCAAAAAAUGAGAGAUAAAACCAUCUCAGACCUUCAUCCAGUGAGAUGGGAAGAAGACAAGAGAGAGAAGGAGAAAAACGAACGUCAGAAGUCGGAGAAAUCUCUCGCCGGAGUUCGCCGGGCUAGGUUCCACGCCGGAGGGAGAGUCGUCAAGUUGCGGGACCGAAGUACAAGGCCGUCUUCACGCCGGAAGUCACUGGAGGAGAAACCUACUGAAGCGGUUACAGGGUUACUAGACGGAGCGGUUACUAGACGGCGCCUGCGGAUCACCGUUGGGCGAGGCUUCCGUUGGCCGGCCAAGAGCAUCGACGAAGACGACGCACCACAAGCUCUGUUUCUUUUUCUUUCGGUGAUCUAGAGACCGAGUUAGAAGGCGUGCACCAGGAGCGUCACCAAUUUAAGGUAAGUUUCUCUGCCGAUCCAAAAUGUUUUUCCUCAUAUUAUAUGAUUAUUAUGCUAUGUGUGAUUUUGUUUUGAGUUAUAGAUUAUGCAUAUGUGAUAUUUGGAAAAGAUAUUGAAUUAAUAGUAUUUUGAGAAAUGCGAAAGAUGCAUGUACUUUUGGGGUAUUAAAUAUUUUUGAGACUGUUUAGAGAGAUUGAGAAAUAUUUUGAAGUGUAUCUUGAUUCAAGAUAAAAGGAAUGUUUUCAUAAGAGGUAGGCACCGCGGGAGUAAUCUGAGGUGUUGGUUUUCCACGUCCCUUAAAAUGUGGAGGGUGAUUAGGGCUGCUACUAUUAAGGUGUACAGUUUCAGUUUUGAGUGACAUUUGGAUCUUUGAUCCCUUUUAAGAAGAAGUUGUAUGUUGUAGUAGCAGUAGUCCCUAAUCAUUCAGAAGUUUUUAAAGGUGGGGUAGUUGGUAGACUGAGUCCCGACUACUCGUGACGACUUACUACUCGGAGGGCUUGGAAUCCCUUUUAGGGGAUGUGCACACUUAAGGUAGUCGUUUCGUUUCCAUUAAGCAGUUGUGGUACUGGCAAAAGUCCCGGGGUGGCCGUACAUAACAACGUAACCACCGGGCUCAACUAAAGUGUUGAGCACCGCCCUUCUAAAAGCUAGUAAGGUACAAAAAGCUAUUUUGACAAACCUAAUUAUUUUACGGGGUUGGGUAGUACUUACUUAGCUUUAAGGCUAAUUUUUGCUUCCUUUUCUUUGUUUUGUUUUCUGCACUUUAUUUGUGCAGGUGAUGAUGAUUAUGUUGACUGGCGAUUGCAUGAUCUUGAGAGCGGUUUAGAGAUGCCUUAGUCAAACUUAGUCAGGAAUAAACACUUUAUUUAUAUUGAACACUUGUUUUAGUUGUUGUUUUUUUGUUAGCCUGUGCAUUCGGUUAAGAGAUGACCGGAUGUGGCGGUAACACUCAUUUCCCUAUUAAGACUUUCGCUGUAAUUUUCAAAUGACUUAUCAAUAAAUAAAAGUUUUAUUGCAAAUAUAUCAA